AGCGGCGGCGGUGGAGGUGGUGGUCGGGCCCCGCGGUCAGUGACAGGAGCCCGGAGCGGGAGCGGCCCACACACACACUGACCCCGGCAGAUAGACACCGAUAGACCCGGCACAGGGGAGGCUGGGGCACGGCCAGGCCGGCCCAGUCCCACCCCCACCCCCACCAUGUCUAAGUCUCUCCGCCGGCGGCGGCACUGGCUCAGCCGGACUCAGGAGGUGGCCGUUCCCGGGGACGCGCUGUCGCUGGGCGGCGGGGCCGAGUUCGGCCAGUUCCCGGUCCUGGCAUCACCGCUCAGCGGCUCCGAGACCGGCCCUAGCCCCGGGCCCGGAGACAUCCUGCUCGAGGUCAACGGCACCCCGGUCAGCGGCCUGACCCGCCGCGACGUCCGGGCCGUCAUCAGGCACUUCCCUCAGCCCGUCCGAGUGCGGACAGUGCGGCCAGGCAGAAUAAUAAACAAGGAGCUUCGCCACUACCUCAGUCUGCAGUUCCAGAAGGGAUCGGUGGACCACCAGCUACAACAGGUGAUCCGUGACAAUCUCUACCUGAGAACAAUCCCAUGCACUACAAGGCCACCCCGUGAAGGUGAAGUGCCAGGGGUUGAUUAUAACUUCAUUUCUCUGGAGGAAUUUAAAACACUCGAGGAGAGUGGAGCCCUUUUGGAAAGUGGAACCUUUGACGGUAAUUUCUAUGGGACACCGAAGCCUCCUGCAGAGCCUGGCCCUUUUCAGCAGGAUGUGGUUGAUCAGGUCGUUCUGGACGAUGGCUCAGAGGAGGCACAAAGGAAACGAACAACAUCUGUGAGCAUGAUGCAGCGAGCUGACACUAUGGUCCCAGAUGAAGAUGAAGAUGAUGAAAGACCCACUGCCAAUGGGACCAGUUACCCAGGACCUGGGCCCAGCCACACUGAGGGCGUAACAGAAUUCAGGUACUUGGAUCCGGUUACCAGGGAAGAUUUAGUCGAGCCAUUGCCAAACAAUUGGGAGAUGGCCUACACUGACAGCGGGAUGAUUUACUUCAUUGAUCAUAACACUAAGACAACUACUUGGCUGGAUCCCCGUCUUGCAAAGAAAGCAAAACCCCCAGAGGAGUGCAGUGAAGGGGGCGCUGACUCCGUGCUGGGGCAAGGUUCCACGGGCCCCGGUUGCCCUCCAGUACCUCGCCCAACUGGCCAGUCUGCAUCUAUAAGCCUAUACGAGCUUCCAUAUGGCUGGGAAAAGAUCAGCGAUCCAGUUUAUGGCUUCUACUACAUCGACCACAUAAACCAGAGGACACAGUUCGAGAACCCAGUUGUUGAAGCAAAGCGAAAGAAGCAGUUAAUUCUUCAGCGGGACAGUCAGCGAGGAGUGCAUGGGGACCAGCGGCCAGAGAGGCCAAUGUUUACUCGGGACCCCUCACAUCUUCAAGGAAUGCUCAUCAGGACCACUCUGCAGAAGAGCACCAUGGGAUUUGGUUUCACAAUAAUCGGAGGGGAUAGCCCAGAUGAGUUCCUACAGGUGAAGAAUGUGAUUCAGGAUGGACCUGCAGCUCAGGAUGGCAACAUGAUGGCAGGUGAUGUAAUAGUGUAUGUGAACAGCACCUGCGUCCUUGGACAGACUCAUGCUGAUGUUGUGCAGCUUUUCCAGUCCGUUCCCAUCAACCAGACAGUGAAGCUGAUCCUGUGCCGUGGUUAUCCACUUCCCACAGACCCCCAGGUGCCAGCUGUCGAUGUAGUGACUGCCACUCCUGUUGUGGAUGGAUUGCCUGUGGUGGGGAAGCAAGCCUCGACUGGGCAGAGUGUGCAGACCCCACCAGGGCCCACUGAGCAGAAUGGGAACGAGGGUCCUGGUGGUGGUGUCGAGCGUUUAAAUGGACCUUACUUGGGCCUGACUGAGGACAGGUCCUCAAUGACCUCGUCAGCUGGUUCGCAGCCAGAGGUGCUGACAGUCCCUCUGCUGAAGGGGCCAAAGGGUUUUGGCUUUGCCAUAGCAGACUGUCCAGCUGGACAGAAGGUGAAGAUGAUCCUGGACAGUCAAUGGUGCAAAGGACUACAGAAAGGUGAUGUUAUCAAGGAGAUCAACCACCAGAGCAUGCAGCAACUGAGCCACGCCCAGGUGGUGGAGAUACUGAAAGAUUGUCCUGUGGGAAGUGAAAUAUCGCUGCUGGUGCAGAGGGGAGGUCCUUCUUCACCUGCUAAAACUAUGAAAACAACUUUAGAGCAGGAGGACAACCAAGCAAGCUCUCAGAAUCUGUCCCCAGGCGUUCCCAUCCCUCAGCCAAUGCCCUUCCCACCCAAUGCUGUAAGGCCUUCGUCACCCAAGCGUGACCCAACUGAAGUGUAUGUGCAAUCCAAGACCAUGUUCGACAGCAAACCCCCAAAUACAAAAGACGUUGACAUCUUUCUGCGUAAGCUGGAGAGUGGGUUCGGAUUCAGAGUGCUGGGUGGAGAUGGGCCAGAUACACCUGUUCUGAUUGGAGCAAUAAUCCCCCUGGGGGCAGCGGAACGCGACGGCCGUCUUCGUGUAGCUGAUGAGCUGCUUUGUGUCGAUGGCGUCUCGGUCAAGGGGAGAUCUCAUCGCUUCGUGUUGGACUUGAUGCAAAAUGCGACUCGAAACGGCCAGGUGCUGCUAUCAGUGAGGAGGAAGGUGCUGCCCUCUGAGGACCAGCGUGACUCCGGUCGGGAUGAGAAUUCUGAAGCUGCAGAGAAUGGUCCCUGUGGGAUAAAUCUCACGGAUCUUGUGAACAAACCUCUGCAGGGUCACACCCCAGCCGAGUCCCCACAAUCCUAUGACAUUGUCCUACAGCGGAAGGAGACGGAGGGUUUUGGCUUUGUCAUCAUCACCUCGAAGAACAGACACCCCACCAUGGCAGUGCCGCAUAAAAUUGGCCGCAUCAUUGAGGGGAGUCCGGCUGAUCGCUGUGGGAAGCUGAAGGUGACUGACAGGAUCUCGGCCGUGAACGGCCAGUCUAUUGUCCAGAUGCCCCACCACGACAUUGUGCAGCUGAUUAAGGACGCAGGUCAGACGGUCACCCUCACAGUCACUCCUGAAGAAGAUGUGACUGGCCCCCCAUCAGGAGACAGCUCGGCGAGACAGAGCCCAGCCCUGCAGCACAAACCCAUGGUGCGCACCCCAGCAUUACCCAGUCCAGUGGCUGACAACAGUAAGUCAGAUGGAGAUGAAAAGAGCAGUGGACAGUCUACAGGUUGUGACUAUGUGAAACCUCCACCUUUGGACUACAGACAGACUUCAUCUGAGCAGUACCAUCAGCCCCCACCCGACAGAGAGACAUGGGCUGCCGGCAGCAGGCUCUCCCAGAACCCUGAUUGCUUCUCUGUGGAACUGGAGAGGGGUCCCCGAGGGUUUGGUUUCAGUGUUCGUGGAGGCAAGGAAUACAACAUGGGUCUCUUUAUUCUCCGCCUGGCAGAAGGUGGUGCUGCAUUGCUCGAUGGCAGAAUCCAUGUUGGUGACCAGAUUGUUGAGAUUAAUGGUGAAUCUACUCAAGGGAUCACACACAAACGGGCCAUCGAGUUGAUUCAGUCUGGAGGGAGGAGAGCGCACCUUGUGCUGAAGCCAGGCAUAGGUCAGGUGCCUGACUUUGACAAUUGGGAUACCCAGAGCACCCCAUAUACCAGCCUCCAGGAACUAAACACAGCUGCUGAAAACCAGCCAUUGCCAUCUUAUCCAUAUCCCACUCCCAACCCUCAUCUCACUGACCCUGCAAAGACUUUUAAACAUGAGAAGACAUGGAGAGAACAUGACUCGCCCACCAGUGCCCAGCGGGGGCCGGGAUCACUGGCCGCUGACCAGCACUGGGUACCGGCUAGAACGGCGAACCUCACGGGUGGUCAGAAUGCUGAGGAAGGAGAUGAGUUGGAAAUUGUGAAGGACGGGGCGGCAAAACCAGAUGGAGAGAGUGGGUGCAGUGCAAGGCGAGAGCGACUGGCCAGGAAUGACGAGGUAUUGGCCACUGGCAUUGAAAGCAGGGCCCUGAGCCCCCACAGACAUGCUGCCAGGCAAGCUGCUGGGUACCGGGAGCGGUCACCUAGCCCCAAGAAAGCUGAGAAGCAAAGGAGGCAGAAACCAGAAGCAUCAGGAAGCCCAAGGAGGGGAAAGUUUAAAGAACCAUCAGAAAACAACAAGGGCAGCUCUUGGGAGGUCGAUGCAAAGGGAAGGCCAGCAGGAGGUACGAGUAGGUCACGGAGUCCAAGGAAGGUGAGCAGGAAGGAUAGAGAAGGAAGUAGAGAGGAAUUGGAUAGUGUGACUCUGGGAGAGAGAGCUGAGAGCAGAGAUGAUGGGUCCAGCCUGGUUACAGUGGCUCAUUCUAAACGAGUGAUUGACCAAUCUGAGAGCCCAAACGACAGACACUGCAACAGGAGUUAUGCUUGGUCACCUUCCCACACCAUGGAGCAUUUAGCCAGUGCCUCACUCCAGUGCGGUGAGGUGUCGGGAAAGGCAGAUGACAGGCAUCAAAAAAAGAGGCAGAUGUCACGUGUUGGGGUGCAGGAAACAUUCCAACCUCCUGACCUUGUCCAAGGGACAGGCAAAACUGUGCGACACAGCUCCCACUCUACAGCAACCGAACAACCCAGCACCUUCAGCAGGACUGACAAUCAGUCAAAGAGCCAGGAACAAAGGAAAGCAGAGCACGAAAUGGAGAGACAUGGUGAGGAAGACCCCUCCACACACCACUCCAGCCCUGCACCCAGAACUGUACCUGCUGUAAGAAAACCACAAAUAACCCCUGGACCCUGGAAAAAAUCAGAUGCUCAGAGACCCAUGUAACCGAGAGCAAACUUCGUUAUAUAUGUUUAAAUUAUUUUUAUAAACUUUUGAUUUCUGUAAAGUGUCAGUUGCAUCUUAUUUAAAGUUGAGUAGUGCAGUCAAGUUUUUUUGCAUUGAAACAUUUUAGUCAAAGUGAAGGAUUUUUCUGGUUGCUCCCAUUGUUUGGACAAACUUGUCUGCCUUCUGAUGGCAAUACAGGCUGUGUGACACUUUUUUUUAAAUGAACAGAUGUUGAUUUUGUGCAGUUUACACUUUGUACAACAGUGACCUGUUCCUCUCACUCUGGCACGUUGCCUUUUUGAUCACAGCAGUGGUUACACAGUCCAUAUUCCCAGUCAGUCUUGCCAGCUUGAACAUCUCAAUCACAGCCAGUGACUUUUGUGGUACGUGAGCUAUGAAAAUUUACUGUCACCAAAUCUCUGCCUUUGAAAUGACUUGUCUCUAACUGAGUGUGAGGCUAUUGAGUAACGACUAAUACACCGUUUCUGUGCCGGUUUGCAAUCAACACAGGUUAAUGAGCAAAAGACCUUGGACACUACCCAGGGCAGCUUUUUUUUGUGUAUUACUUGAGCCUUUAGCAUUAAUGGUCCGCAAACACAUGAGUAUUUCAAAAGCUGUCUCACGUGCUUGUGUCUGCUCUAAACCAGCUCAAUGUCACACUGUGCAUGCAUUACUCUGACGUUUUCUAACACUGUACACACACAAUCUCUUGCUGUUACUUUGUUGCAGUAUUCUGACCACCAGAAAUUUAGGAUUCCUGUCUCUUCUGAGAUCUGUAUUGUUACCAGGUUCUUCAAGUCCAUGUUGUAAACUGCUAUUAAUUAGGUUCUGCAACUUUUGUAUGUCAUGUUUCACUAGACUACCAAUCAGUGUAAAAUAUUUUGUUUUUCAGUGAUUUUGAUGCAGUUUAUAAACAUCUUCAGUAUUUGUGACGUUUAGUUUUUAAACAUUUUUUUCAAAAUUUGCAUCUCCCGUGCUGUUCUGUUGGAGUCUCACUCUGUUCCUGUUCUGUUUGUUUGACUCGUCAUUUCUCUUCUCCACUGAGAUCAGUAUUGUGGGAAACAUUCAAGAGCUUGAAUUAUUGUAAAUAGUAGUGAUGGAAUAUUUUGGAAAUGAGCAGGGCAGGUGAUAGCAUAGGUGAAUUGUUUCUUGUUUGUUAUUUCCCUGUCUCUUUGGAGACUUUGUGAAACUCUUUUGAACUUGCCUCGUUGUCCUGCUCUCAUUCUGCAAGGUGCUCUUUCCAGCCUCGAAUUGUGUUGACAUUUUUUUUAACCUUCUACCAAGCCACUUUGACCUCCAGGAACGUGCAUUGGCCAAAAUUGUACCCCAUUACCCUGUGUACUAUAAAUCCUUUUUCUGCUAAGAGUGUGUAGGAGAUGGAAUGGAGACCCUGGCCUGUGUGUGGUGCUGGUGGAGUCUUGUGACCAUUUUACUGCUGUACGUCAUAUUCUGUUCAUGCCAAGUGUUGAACAUUGGAGUCCAUGCAAAGGUGGUUUGAAAUUCCUAGCAAUUCAUAAACAGCGGAGCUCCAGUUUUUACCCUACGCUGUUGAUGUCUAAUUUUAUUUCCUUGUUGGUGCGGUAGACUAACACAGCUCCCCCGGGUCCCCCCUACCCCCCAAACAUUAGUAGCAUUCACAGCAUCUUGUAGACUGUACAGUACUCAUGGCGUGGAUGCAGCCUUUGAGUAAAGCUGAACAAGCCUUGAGUGUGUUGGUUGUAAAUUUUUAUACUGUACACUCUCUAUAAAUACUGUCAUUUAGGGCGAGAUCUGUAAACCCUCAUAUUUUUUUAAUGUAUGACAUGAGAAAUGCAAAUCCUUUGUCAUGGUGUUGCACUGUAAAAUAAACCUUAACUUUCAAUCUCA